UUGUAAACAAUUUGCAAGAUUUUGAUUAUACUGAAAUAAAUUUAAAUAAAAGUGCUUUAAGAUGCCAAAAGUGGUGUCGCGAAGUAUUGUGUGCUCUGACACCAAGGAUCAGGAGGAGUACAAUGAGGAAAAGCCACUCAACAUUUAUUACUGCCUAUGCGACAAAAUGGCACUUAUUUUGGAUUGUACACUGGAGCAGUUGCCACUACGCGAAGUGGAUAAUGCCCGUGUCAUAGAUGCCAACGACCAUGCGAACAAAUUAACAUAUAAUACAGCAUAUAAAACUAUUUACAUACAUCGGAAGGGAAAGGGAAUCGAGAAGCAAUAUCGAUAUAAGUGCCGCAGCUGCAAUUUGCCUUUGUACUAUCGCCAUAAUCCAGACUCUCACGUUACAUUUGUGCUGCAGAAUGCGCUGGUGCGCAACAAAGGUGAAAAUCUGGCUCAAAUUCUCUCAGCUUAUUCAAAAAACAAUGGAACUGCAGCUGGAGCUGCUUCUGCUGCAGUGCCCUCAUCAUCUAUGGCGCCCCCAGCUGCCAAGGAUGCGGCCGUAGUGGAUGCGACUGGUAAAAAGGUUAUAAUGACACGACAUAUGGGAAAAUUCAGUUCAGUAACAGUGUCCACAAUUGAUGAGGAGGAGGACGAAAUUGAAGCGCGCGAGAUUGCCGACAGCUAUGCCAACAAUGCGCGCAUCAUUGAGAAACAACUGCAACGGAAAGGCGGCAAAUUGACGGAUGUUGGUGUGAAGGGCAAGGUGGACGAAGCACCCCCACCGAAAAAACAGCGUGGCACUUUAUUGGAAUGCUAAUACAUUUUCAAAAAACUAACAACUAUUUUUUAAUAAAAGUAAAAUAGGCAAUUGAUCAUUUCAGAAA